AUGGCUCGAGCUUGUGAGCUCGUGCUGCUUGUCGCCGUCGCCUUCCUCCUCGCGGGCACAGCGACGGCCUUCACGACGGGAUCGUGCAUCCGAGAGGCGGUGCAAUUAGUCAAAGUGCUGGACAAGCAACCCGCGUUGUACAGCAACAUUUCCACCGAGUUCAAGAAGCUCAUCAAGGCUGUCAAGGGGGGUUACGAUGUCGGCGAAUUCUACGACAGCACGCUUCUGCUGCCAACCAACCAGGCUUUGAAGGCGGCGAAAAUCAACCCGACUAAGAUCAAGAACAACGAGAAGCUUUACCGAAUCCACAUUUUCGACGGCCAGCUCGACAGGAUGGCCGUGGGUGACGUGCAGUGGACCAAGCAGCCCCGUGUGAGCGUGAAGGUUUUCAAGGCGCCCACGUCGCCCACGAAGAUGGCGGUUCGCCUAGUGAAGUCGACCAAGCCGCCGGUUCCGGUUCUGGCGCAUCUGCAUACGGGCACGGAGAACUGCUUCGAGGCGUACGGCAUUAACGGCGUGCUCUCUUAA